UUCAGGGUUUACUAAUAGUUGGUAAUUAUAAUGCCAAAACCUCGUUUUGCGUGGCGCUUGUGUUUUCUCACAUGUGUAUUAGUACGCAUGCGUUAUACGACAAUGUUGGCAGAGUAAGAGAGAGAGAUUUGUCGAAACUUAUCUUUAAAAAAUCGUAAUCCAAAUCAUUAUACAGUUGUUGUUUUUUUUCAACCGCAGUAAUGCAUUAUUAAUUGGAUUAUAAAGAUAAAAUUAAACCAUUAAUACUGGUAAGUUGAAGAAAUAAAUUUGCUAAUACUUUCAAGCUAUGAUGAAUUGACGUUAACACUGUAACAUUGUUCUUCCACUAAUCAACUUAGUUUUCUUUGAUCAAUGUUGAUAAAUAAGGUUAGAUCAAAACGUUGAUGAAAGAUUUUUAACAUUAUCUAUUCCGCAUCAGCUUUCAAAGACGCACGUAGUGAAAUUGGAUGUGUUUGUUUGAUUGGUUGAAGGAAACUUCCGGAAUAUUUAAAGAGCGCUUGUCUUUUUCCGGUAUAAUUAAAACGUUGCUAAUUCCAUAAGCGAUGAAUUUCAAUAGCCGAGCCUAACGACUUGGCAAGUCUGGGCGUCCUUUCGGCGAGCUACAUAGUGACACCAACUUUAAGGAGACUUAGUCAACGAUCAAAUCGAUUAGGGCUAGAACAUCGUUGUGACAUGCGCAACUGAGCUAAAUGUCUGACAUAACAGCGCGCGGGCUCUUGCUAUGAUACAGUAGGCUCACCAUGCGUUUGUAAAAGAAAGCCACUUUUCAAGGUGUCGUCUUUAAGAUACAAGAAGGAAUACUCUCCCUGCUUCGGUUCAGGUGUGGCUUUAUCAUCCUUACCAGGUCGCCACGUCGGGAUGCCGUUCCCAAACAACGGUAGUUAGGUAUCGCCGAAUGGCACAUCCUGGCCCUUCUGCCUGUUUAGCGUGCCUCAGGCUGCUACAGGCAGGGUUUCGGUAUUGCUGCCGGCCUGUCGAUGAGACCCGUGCCAGAGGAGAGUAUGGUCUACUGGUCUGUCUUGACGCUUCUUCUAUACCUAACCGGCCGUACUACGGGGCUGGUCUUGCCUCUUCUCGCAGCCUUUCCCCCAGCCUCGGCCCCGCAGCUUGGCCGUGUGCUCCGGAGAGCUAUGGGAGAGGCAGACAGCAAACUGGGAGCGAAAAACAUAACGCUCCUGACUCGGUGGGUCACCUUACAAAACAACACCCAAUCAAGUAUUAGUGUUCUAUGUGAGGCAAUAGAGAGGAACAGUCCCGCUUUGAUUCUGACCUUCGUUGACCGGCCUGUGUCGUUCUUUCCGUCGCUUAUCGCAGGAUAUGCUGGUGCUCCUCUCAUAGGUAUGACGUCAGGCUACCUUGACCAGGCGGCAAAGGACGUUAAUCCCAUGUACUUGAGCCUAGACCCUGUAGUUACGGACCUAGCUGAGGGUGUCUUCCAGUUGUUAAACUUUAGUAAAUGGUAUGACGUGGUUAUGGUUGCGGACGACAGCGAAACAAGUUCUUCUUUGGUCAGUCAUCUGGGCACUCUUAUGAAGCACCCACCGUGGCGCCCUUUGCUAAUCGUUCGACUAAAAACAAAACUAAGUGAAAAAGAUAUUUUAAACAGACUUAGCGGUGUUGCCAAAAGCUUUAGCCGGGUGAUUCUGUUACACUGUGAUACUGAAAUGACCGAAAAAAUCUUUAAAAUCGCUGGGGAGUUAAAUCUGUUGAGCGGCGAAUGGAUGUGGAUUGUGUUAGAGCAGUCUGUUCAUAUAAUGGAAGGACCAGUUAACAAUUACCCAGCUGGACUACUAGCCAUUCGUCUCCGCCCUUUGACUGUCAGCCGGCACAGAAUUAGAAAAGCGGUUAGAUUCCUGACAGCAGCGAUUCAUCAUAUCGAACAGCGCACUCUGGUGGAAACAUAUAAUGAUAUCUCGUCAUCUUUAAGCUGUUUUAAUCCUCCUACCAGACAACGCCAAAGACUUUCUCGCUUACUUUACAG